GCAUUUCCGCGGAGGGAUCGCGGGGAGGGCGGGGCUUCCGAGGAUUAUAUAAAGCGACGCCGGGCGGGUCGCCGCUAGUUCCGUCGAGACCCCCGGGUCCUGUUGCCGUGUGUCUGUGAGGACUGCUGCCGCCGCCGCCGACAAUGCAGAUCUUCGUGAAAACCUUAACUGGUAAGACCAUCACCCUGGAGGUCGAGCCCAGUGACACCAUUGAGAAUGUCAAGGCAAAGAUCCAGGACAAGGAGGGCAUCCCCCCUGACCAGCAGAGGCUGAUCUUUGCUGGCAAGCAGCUGGAGGAUGGCCGCACCCUGUCCGACUACAACAUCCAGAAGGAGUCCACCCUGCACCUGGUCCUCCGCCUCAGGGGUGGCAUGCAGAUCUUUGUGAAGACCCUGACAGGCAAGACCAUCACCCUGGAGGUCGAGCCCAGUGACACCAUUGAGAAUGUCAAGGCAAAGAUCCAGGACAAGGAGGGCAUCCCCCCUGACCAGCAGAGGCUGAUCUUUGCUGGCAAGCAGCUGGAGGAUGGCCGCACCCUGUCCGACUACAACAUCCAGAAGGAGUCCACCCUGCACCUGGUCCUCCGCCUCAGGGGUGGCAUGCAGAUCUUUGUGAAGACCCUGACAGGCAAGACCAUCACCCUGGAGGUCGAGCCCAGUGACACCAUUGAGAAUGUCAAGGCAAAGAUCCAGGACAAGGAGGGCAUCCCCCCUGACCAGCAGAGGCUGAUCUUUGCUGGCAAGCAGCUGGAAGAUGGCCGCACCCUGUCCGACUACAACAUCCAGAAGGAGUCCACCCUGCACCUGGUCCUCCGCCUCAGGGGUGGCAUGCAGAUCUUUGUGAAGACCCUGACAGGCAAGACCAUCACCCUGGAGGUCGAGCCCAGUGACACCAUUGAGAAUGUCAAGGCAAAGAUCCAGGACAAGGAGGGCAUCCCCCCUGACCAGCAGAGGCUGAUCUUUGCUGGCAAGCAGCUGGAGGAUGGCCGCACCCUGUCCGACUACAACAUCCAGAAGGAGUCCACCCUGCACCUGGUCCUCCGCCUCAGGGGUGGCAUGCAGAUCUUUGUGAAGACCCUGACAGGCAAGACCAUCACCCUGGAGGUCGAGCCCAGUGACACCAUUGAGAAUGUCAAGGCAAAGAUCCAGGACAAGGAGGGCAUCCCCCCUGACCAGCAGAGGCUGAUCUUUGCUGGCAAGCAGCUGGAAGAUGGCCGCACCCUGUCCGACUACAACAUCCAGAAGGAGUCCACCCUGCACCUGGUCCUCCGCCUCAGGGGUGGCAUGCAGAUCUUUGUGAAGACCCUGACAGGCAAGACCAUCACCCUGGAGGUCGAGCCCAGUGACACCAUUGAGAAUGUCAAGGCAAAGAUCCAGGACAAGGAGGGCAUCCCCCCUGACCAGCAGAGGCUGAUCUUUGCUGGCAAGCAGCUGGAAGAUGGCCGCACCCUGUCCGACUACAACAUCCAGAAGGAGUCCACCCUGCACCUGGUCCUCCGCCUCAGGGGUGGCAUGCAGAUCUUUGUGAAGACCCUGACAGGCAAGACCAUCACCCUGGAGGUCGAGCCCAGUGACACCAUUGAGAAUGUCAAGGCAAAGAUCCAGGACAAGGAGGGCAUCCCCCCUGACCAGCAGAGGCUGAUCUUUGCUGGCAAGCAGCUGGAGGAUGGCCGCACCCUGUCCGACUACAACAUCCAGAAGGAGUCCACCCUGCACCUGGUCCUCCGCCUCAGGGGUGGCAUGCAGAUCUUUGUGAAGACCCUGACAGGCAAGACCAUCACCCUGGAGGUCGAGCCCAGUGACACCAUUGAGAAUGUCAAGGCAAAGAUCCAGGACAAGGAGGGCAUCCCCCCUGACCAGCAGAGGCUGAUCUUUGCUGGCAAGCAGCUGGAGGAUGGCCGCACCCUGUCCGACUACAACAUCCAGAAGGAGUCCACCCUGCACCUGGUCCUCCGCCUCAGGGGUGGCAUGCAGAUCUUUGUGAAGACCCUGACAGGCAAGACCAUCACCCUGGAGGUCGAGCCCAGUGACACCAUUGAGAAUGUCAAGGCAAAGAUCCAGGACAAGGAGGGCAUCCCCCCUGACCAGCAGAGGCUGAUCUUUGCUGGCAAGCAGCUGGAGGAUGGCCGCACCCUGUCCGACUACAACAUCCAGAAGGAGUCCACCCUGCACCUGGUCCUCCGCCUCAGGGGUGGCAUGCAGAUCUUUGUGAAGACCCUGACAGGCAAGACCAUCACCCUGGAGGUCGAGCCCAGUGACACCAUUGAGAAUGUCAAGGCAAAGAUCCAGGACAAGGAGGGCAUCCCCCCUGACCAGCAGAGGCUGAUCUUUGCUGGCAAGCAGCUGGAAGAUGGCCGCACCCUGUCCGACUACAACAUCCAGAAGGAGUCCACCCUGCACCUGGUCCUCCGCCUCAGGGGUGGCAUGCAGAUCUUUGUGAAGACCCUGACAGGCAAGACCAUCACCCUGGAGGUCGAGCCCAGUAACACCACCAAGAAAGUCAAACAGGAAGAUGGACGCACCUUUCUCACUACAGUUUCUAGAAAGAGCACGCCUUGUGCAUGUUCUUGGGCUUGAGGGAAGGUGUCAUAGUUUACCCUGUCUUUUAAGCUGUUAACAAGUUUCAUUGCACUUUGAAUAAAGUUCUUGCAUUCCCAAA